UACUCAAAAAGUAUGUAUUUUAGCAGAUACGAUCACAGUUUACUGUCAUAGUUUAUUAGACGUUUAUUAUAAAAAUCUUCUUGUGAAAAUGGUAAAUUUCCAUUGCCUUGGCCCUUGGGCGUGUACAAUUUGUGAUUAUCUUAAGUAUACACCAAAAAAUUUUACUCUUAUUCAUUGAAAAAAUGUGCAGUAUAUAGGAAAAUUAAACUAAAUAGGAUCGACAACACCAAAAGUAUACUUUUGGCGUUACUGAUCAAAAAUCAUGUGCAAUAGCAGCAUUUAUAAAUCCAAAAUCACUCUAAAGUACGCGUCUUUCUAUUUCUAAACUCUACUUACGGAUUAUAUUUCUUCAUAUAGCUCUUUUUAUUUUUUACAAGAUGUCUUCCAAAAAUUAUAGCGGACAAACUCAAGAGGAAGCUUACGAAGCCUUAUGCAGUGUUGAAGAAGAAAUUAAACGCACGGCUGAGUUUAACCCCGAUCCACUACCUGGAAAAUUUCUCGUGGAACCUUUAUCUGUUCUAACAAAUAAGCCAUCAUCGUCUUGGACAAAGAAUGACGUGAUGCCAGUUGUGAAACUUUUAUCUGGGAGAAUAGUGGUAGAUGGAGUCGGUGAAAAUUUGGAAGGGGCUCAACUUUACGCUGGCAUCAGUGAGAAACUCGCUGAAUAUCUCUGCGAACAUCCUGACAUUCAUGCGAUCAUGGAUCUAGUAUAUGUAGUGGCUGAUCUUAGCACAAUAAAAGCUGCCAUUCCAGUACAUCAAUAUCCACCAAGUGGGAAUCCUGCUACACCGGUAGUUCCUUUGAUGGGUACUACUCAUACGUGGGUUUUCCAAGGGCAAGAAGGGUUGAAACGUGCACAGCACUUCAUUGGUUGGCUUCAAGAUAGAAUACCCGGAAUUAGAAGCAUGGUAUUCGUCAGUCCAAAUCCGGCGGUAUAUUAUUAACUAUUACAAAAAAAUUCGAGUAAUUUUAUAAAUGUAUUUCCUUUAUCAUUAUGUAAUCGUGUAAUAAUAAAUAAUAUAUCUUGCCGCGCUGUUGCUUUGCUAAA